CGUGAGUCAUUGGCUGACUGCAUUUAAAAGGUAAUCCCAUACACAGAGCUACAACUGGAACUCCACCGCUACACCUUCACUCUCCACAGCAUCUCAGGAAAAUGGCUUUAGUGUCUGAGAUUUUGACGAAACUUACAUUGAGUUAUGGAGGGGAGAGAGAACCGAAAUGCCCUACAGUGGUCCCAGCUUAUGAUUUUAACCCAGAGGAGGAUGCGGCCAAAAUCGAGACAGCCAUCAAAACCAAAGGUGUGGAUGAGCAGACGAUCAUUGAUAUUCUGACAAGACGCAGUUGCUCACAAAGGAGCGAAAUUGCAUUUGAGUAUGAAAAACGGGCAAAGAAGGAUUUGGUGAGUGCCCUCAAGGGGGCGCUCUCAGGCUCUUUGGAGCAUCUGAUUCUGGGCUUGAUGAAGAGUACAGCACAAUAUGACGCCUCUGAACUCAAAUCAUCUAUGAAGGGUCUGGGCACUGAUGAGGAGAGUCUUACUGAAAUGAUCUGCUCUCGCAACAAUGAAGAGCUCAGGGAAAUCAAGAAGGUUUACAGAGAGAUGUUUAAGAAAGAGUUGGAAAAAGAUGUUUCUGGAGACACAUCUGGUGAUGUCGCUAAGCUUCUCCUUGCCCUUGUACAGGCCAAAAGAGAUGAGCCGAGUAACGUGGUGGACUAUGAGAAGAUCGACAAUGAUGCAAGAGCUCUUUAUGAAGCUGGAGUGAAGAGAAAAGGAACUGAUGUGACCACCUGGAUUUCAAUCUUCUCUGAGAGGAGUGUCCCACACUUGCAGAAAGUGUUUGAUAGGUACAAGAGAUACAGCCCAUAUGACAUUAAAGAGAGUAUUCGAAAGGAGGUGAAGGGAGAUCUGGAAAAAUCCUUCCUCACACUAGUUGAGUGCUUGGAGAACAAGCAUCUGUAUUUUGCCAGCAAACUCAGUGAUGCGAUGAAGAGUAAAAGUGUUAAAGAGAAAGUCAUAACCCGCAUCAUGGUCUCCCGCUGUGAAGUUGAUCUCAUGAAGGUCCGUGCAGAGUUUAAGAGGAAUUUUGGAAAAUCUCUGUACCAGACAAUUUUUGAGCACACCAAGGGUGACUACCAGAGAGCUCUACUGAACCUCUGUGGAGGAGAUGACUAAACAUCUGUAAUCUUCUGCUGCUCAUGUCCAGCAGUGAAGACUUUCUGAAAUGAUUAGUUAAAAACACAGUAUUAUUAUAAGCAUGCUUUGUGUUUUCUUAUGUUUGAGUGUUGUGUACUAUUACUUAAACUGAUCACAUUUGACUCAAAGGAAAACAGAAUGAAGAAUUUUAAAAUUAGAAAAAUAAUAUUUGUAUUAUUUUAUAGCUAAAUAAAUAAUACUUUUAAAAUGAAA